CCACGUCAGCAGUGCCACGUCAGACACAGUGCCACGUCAGACACAGUGCCACGUCAGCAGUGCCCCGCCACCAUGACGGGCGCAGCUCUGGGCAUGCCAGACCAACUGGCCAACGAGACCAUCGCCGACUACAAAAAGCGUUUCCAGGCUCAGCUCGCUGCAAUCGAGGUUGAGGAACAACGCCAGCUGGCAGCCAAGGCUGCCCAGCUACAGGCUGAAGAGGCGGCAACAGCAGAGAAGCUGCGGCUACAGGCCGAAGCAGACGCAGAUACCCAGGCUCGCCGAAAGGAAGCCCAUGAUCUGCUGCUGCGGCACGAAGCCAACAGCAUCGACAAACUCAAGUACUGGCACUUUGAACCGAACGGCGACGAGCCAACACCGGAAGAGCAGCAUAAGGAGUUUUUGGCCAAGCUCGUGGCCAGGCUGGUUUACACAUGUGCUGGGGCUUCCAGCAGUGCAUCCUCUAGCCGCCAACUGGAGGAACGCGUUGACCACGUAGUGGCAAUGCUAGGAGACAUAAGUGCCUUCACAGAGCCGGCCACCAUCAGCCAGCGGUUCGAGUUGCUGGACACCAAGAUCAGUCGGCAACAGCAGACCGACCACAGCCACAACAACAGCUCGGCGAGGCCAUACAAGAUGCCGACGUUCCGGAUCGAGAAAUUUGAUGACUACACACAUCAAGACCCGGUCGUCUGGUGGCAAGGAUUUACAACGRAGUUGGGGAUYCAYGAGGUCCCUGACCAUCUGUUCAUCAGUGCUYUGUUCAUCAACACCAAGGGAGGAUGUCAGAUCUGGCUCARCCACAUGGCAACCAUCCACGGCGUCCAGGUUUCAGACCUGCWCAAGAAGGUCACCUGGGAGGAUAUGACAAAGGAAUGGAAGAAGCGGUUCAUAGUGGAUGACGCACCCACGCUCGCCAUCAACCGCAUCUUCGCGAUGGCUCAAGGGAGCACACCGACACGUGACUGGCUCACGGAUUGGCAGAAGAUCGUGGCCACGCCCGAUCUGGACUUGCCAUUUCCGCAUCUACGCCGUGAGUUCUACAACAGGUCAUGCGCCGCUCUCAGCCUCGCACUGGGUGAUCGCGAGCAGUACAACACUUUCGCAGAGAUCAUCAACAAGGCGAGAGAGAUCAUCAAGACCAACAGGGCGGCCGCACACGAGAAGUCAACGUGGCAGCCAACCUAUGUGGAGAAGGUACGAACUGGUCCGCGAAAGCAGCAGUUCGCUGCAGUCCAAUCGGACAGUGGAGAAGACCCAACAGCCACUCCAGCAUCACGUGAGGGAGAUCAGGUGGUUGUUGUCCAACCGCGAAGCAACAAGCCCCGAGUGAACGGGAAGGCGAAACCAGCAUCGCAGGCCGGAAACGGGCAGCCAGCACCACCAUGGGUCAAGUUCGGCUUGACUGAGGCCGAGUACAAGUACCGCAACUGUUACGGCUGCUGUUACUGGUGCAACAGCACCAAGCACAAGACCUCCAUUUGCCAAGAUCAGGCCAAGGAGGAUGUGCGGCCUCCUUCACCGCUAUCUAUCGCCGAGGAUUCAUCAUCAUGGUCAAGACUUGAGGUGCUCGACCCACUGACGUUCACGGACUUCCAGUGGAUGCCCGUUCCCCCGACCGGACGAUUGCCGAAACCGCAUUGCAAUGUGAUCAUGACACAACUGCGAGAUUACUUGCACACUGCAGUACCAACGCCGUUGAUGGACGUCGGAGUAGAGGUUGUCGACCUUCACGCUUACAUUGUGAAGAUCGACCGAGAGUUCAAGACGCAACGGUACGACGACAUCGACACACCAAUCGCAGAGGCGACCUGCAACGCCUUGAUCGAUUGUGGAGCAUCUCGCAACUACAUCAGCCAGGACUUCAUGGUGCGCGUCGGCCUUGGCCCACGUGUUCGGAGGAAGUUCCAACCUACGCAAGUCACUUUGGCAGACGGUCAUACGCACAAGUCCAUCGACCGGUGCAUUGACGCCGUCCCCGUGUACUUUGUCCCUCACGCAAGUAAGGCGGUGUCCUUUGAUAUCAUGGACACCAAAUUUGACAUAAUCUUGGGCAUGUCAUGGCUGCGAAGCGAGGAUCACCCGGUGAACUUCUUCCACCGCACCGUUCACAUUCGCGAUCGGAACGGAGUAUUAGUUUCAUGCACGGUACCUCUUCCUCAUCCUUCGAUCAGCUGCCACGUGGUAUUUGCCGCAAGCAUGCGAGCAUCCAUCAUCAGAGACGACAUCGAGGAGAUGGGGGUGUGUUUUCUCCACGCCCUCUCGCCCCGAGACGCUUCAUCGACGGACUCAUCUUCGGAUCCACGCAUCACCGAAUUUCUCGAAGCCUACAGCGACGUGUUCAAAGGCCCGCACGGAGUAACGAUCAGGAACGCCGACCCUUUCCCACGCAUCGACGACCUUCUCAAGCGAUUGGGCGGCGCCCAGUUCUUCUCUAAGCUGGAUCUCAAGUCAGGGUACCACCAACUCGAGAUUCGCAAGGAGGAUUGCUACAAGACCGCGUUYAAGACACGGUAUGGGCAUUUCGAAUGGCUGGUCAUGCCGUUUGGCCUUACGAAUGCCCCAACCACUUUCCAAGCGGCUAUGACAACGGAGUUCCGACACAUGCUGGAUCGGUUUGUACUCAUCUACCUCGACGACAUCUUGGUGUAUAGUCGAAGUUUGGACGAGCAUGUGGAACACCUGCGCACCGUUUUGGAGCGGCUACGACAAGCCAAGUACAAAGCAAGCCGCGACAAGUGCGAGUUCGCACAGCAGGAGCUGGAAUACUUGGGACAAUAUGUAACGCCUCAAGACAUCCGUCCACUUGCGGACAAGAUCGAGGCCCUACGAGUAUGGCCCGAGCCCACCAACACCACGGACGUUCGUUCAUUCAUAGGAUUGGCGGGCUACUAUCAACGAUUCAUCACCGGAUACUCCAGGAUUGCUGCACCUAUGAAGAGGUUACAGUCGCCAAAGGUGCCAUUCGUAUUCGAUGACGCCGCACGCCAGUCAUUCCAAGCACUUAAGACGGCUAUGCUCAUGGCACCCGUCCUUAGCAUCUAUGACCCCACCCUGCCGACGCGAGUGACUACGGACACUUCCGGCUAUGGCAUUGGGGCAGUCUUGGAACAGCACGACGACGAUGACUGACACCCUGUGGAGUAUUUCAGCCACAAAG